AUGAAGAAAGCAAAAGAACUCUCAGUGCUCUGUGCUGCUGAGAGGCACCCUUUACAUGGAGAUGACAUAGUUAAACUUGAAGAUCAUGAACGCCACCUUGAAAACCUGAAUAAGGAACUUAGACUCCAGGGUAGGGACAAACAAGUCCUUCUGUCCACAUUUGGGAAUGGGUGGUGGGCCAGGAUAGCGGGUGAGAGUGGAAGAACUGCUCAACUGCAGCAAGGAGCUUAUGCUGGGUUGGUGUUCCCCAAGCUCUAUCCACCUGCCAACUGGGGAAACAAACAUUUGGGAAUGGGCGGUGGGCCAGGAGAGCGGGUGAGAGUGGAAGAACAUGCUCAACUGCAGCAAGGAGCUUAUGCUGGGUUGCUGCUCCCCAAGCUCUAUCCACCUGCCAACUGGGGAAACAAAUAG